AUGGUCCUGGUCCUCACGGGGCAGCCCCUGGACAGCCCUACCCGCACCGUGUUCAGCGUCGUCGUCGGCUCACACACCCACUACCUGGCGGCAGAGACGCUCGGAGAGGCGCGCCAGUGGGUCACAGCGCUGCGGGAGACGUGGCUGCACUGCUUCGCGCACGCUGCGCGCGCGUCGGGCGGUGGCGCGCUCUCGGGGUCAGCGGCGCUGGGGCAGCGGCUGGCGGCGGAGAAUGCGGCGCUUCGCGAGAGCCUCAAGGGACUCAGCGCGCGGCAGUCGGCCGAGGACGGGGAAUACUGGAGGCGCUGGGUCGAGGAGCGAGCACGUUCGGAGCUCCUGGCCUCGCGCCUUGAGGCGCUGGUGGCGUACCAGAUCCUGUGCUGUGACGUCGGCAUCCCCUCCCUGCAGGAAGUGCUGUACCGCAUCACAGUCGUCACCAGCGACUUGCGUGGCGCUGGCACGGACGCCAACGUGCAUAUCACCCUGCAUGGCUGCCUGGUAGACGGCGCCAGGCACAGGCUGGGUGGUGGCGCGCACGACUUUGAUCGGGGCACCACUGAUACGUUUGACGUGUUGGAGUGUGCCGCCCUGGGGGCUGACAUCCAGGCUGUGACUAUUGGGCACGAUGGCACUGGCGCCAGCCCUUCGUGGCACCUUGACAGGGUGGAGGUCACCCGUCAGCCCAAAGGCCCCACCUUUGUAUUUCCCUGUGGCCAGUGGCUGGGCCCGGGGCAGGGGAGCAACAUUACCUACUGCCGCUUGGCAGCGUCUAGGGGUGUUGCAGUUGCGCAGAAGACCUGGUACGUGCUCACAGUGACCACCAGCAACCUGCGAGGCGCCGGCAACGACGCUGAGGUAACCUUCCACACUGGCACGCUGCGUGGGGCCGGCACCGACGCCGCCGUCUGGUUUGAGCUGCUGGAUGACGCCGGCGCCACCACCGGCCCCGUCCGCACCCCGGCUGGCGCCGGUGCAUUCCAGCGCGGCGCCGCCGACUCUUUUCCGCUGGAGCUGCCGCGCCUGGGGCGGCUGGCGCGGCUGGCGGUGUGGCAUGAUGGCUGCAGUGAGGGCAGCGCCUGGUACCUGCACCACGUGGGCGUGCAGCGGGGCAAGGCUGUGGCGAGCCUCAACUUCCCUGCAGACAGGUGGCUGGAUGCCCGAUCUGGCUUUGAGGCGCACCUUACACCCGCGCCAACGCCCAUGAGCCGCCCCAUGGUCUCAUACACCCUGCGCGUGCGCACGUCAGACUUGCGGGGUGCCGGCAGCGACGCGGCGGUGGAGGUUGAGCUGCUAGGGGAGGCGGGGCGCAGCGGUUGGCAGCGGCUGCUGGCCAACAGCGAUGCAUUUGCACGCAACAAGGAGGACUCGUUCACGCUGCAGCUGCCGGAUGUGGGGCCGCUGCGCCAGCUGGGGGUACGCUCUGACAAUAUGGGCGCAACCCCCGCAUGGCAUCUCAACACCGUGUGUGUCACCGCUGCGCCCAAGCAGCAGCAGCAGCAGCAGCAGCAGCAGCAGCAGCAGCAGCAGCAGCAGCAGCCCCGAUCCUGGUGGUUUGUCGCGCGCCGUUGGCUGGACGAGUCCCAUGGCCUGGAGGUGCUGCUGGACGCCCGUGACAGGGACCCCGGGUGCGAGGACACCAAGGGUUACACCAUCACUGUGACGACCAGUGACAUCAGGGCUGCGCUUAAGAACUACAAGGUGCGCUGA